CAGCUCUUGUCUGCAGAUGAGGUAAGGUCUGAGCUGUUUCACAGUGCGAAGUCCAGCUCAAGAAGUAAGUGAUCUGCAGUCUCUUUGAUUCCUGAGGUGCAAAUCUGAAAGAUUAAAGUAGCUGUGAAGAUUAUAGGUCUACUGGACACUCUGGCAGUUGCUAAUUCCUGCCUUGAGAAGCAGUAGGAUGUAUGGAAGAGAGUGAUGGAGAAGAGAAGGAGACGAUUGUGGGACAGGAUAAGAUGCUGGAUUAAAGCAGAGGUGUGUAAUAAAGAAGAAGAAGAAGAAGAAGGGGUGGAAGAGAAUGGUGAGGAUGCUGACAGCAAGGAAGAUGAUGUGAAUGAGGAAGAAAAUGAAGCAGGAGGAAAUCAAGAUGAAGAAGUGCAGGCAAAACCGGAGGUGAGGGAUGCAGAGGAAACUGAAGAUGACAAAGGAGAAAGUGGUUCAGAAACAGAAGGUUCUGAUUUCACAGUUUCUGAGGAUAAAUAUUUUAACAAACACAGAAAUGAAGAUAUCUCUGAAACUCAGACUACUCUGGAGUGGAAUGGAGAAUUCAACGGUGAAAUAUUGACAGAUGAAGAAGAAACUGUCACAGAAUCUUGGGUCACUAAAGAAGAUCGUGAAGAAGAAGAGGAAGCUUCUACAGAUGAUAAGGAAACAGAACCUUCAGUGGAUGAAGAUGGGGAUUUUAGUGAUGAAGAUGACAUAAAGACAUAUUUCAAAGAUGAUUACCCCAUACAUGUUUUUCUCACCUUGAAUGAAUUCAGGAGUUCAUCCGUUCUCACCGACCUUACUUUGAGGACAGAGGAUGGGAUGCGUUUCUGUGUGCACUCCCCAGUGCUGGCUGCUGUCAGUUCACUUACCUGUGAUAAUCUAAAAAGAAGCAAAGCAGGAAACAAAAGAGCUGAUGAAAGAAAAGACGAUGACACAUGUGUUAGAGUUCACCCGUGGUCAAUCUCUCUUGGUCCUGAGGUAGAGCAUGUUGGGUUAGAGGCGAUUGUGGAGUUUGCCUACACUGGACAAAUACCAUUCUUAAACAAGGAUAAUCUGGACAAGAUAAAGGCUGCUGCUCAAACACUGGGUGCACCAAGGGUUCUCGAUCUCUGCACUGAGGAAGAAGAGAAGUCCACAAAAACUGGAGGGGAUAAGAAAAGGGAAAGUAUUUGUACUGCACAACAAAUGACGAUCAGCCUUCAGUCCAUCCAACAGCUGUGGAUGGACAGAGUGGGAUGUGAUGUGACUCUGGAAGCUUGUGGUGGAUCGCUUCAUGUCCACAGAGUUAUCUUGGCUGUAAGCAGUGAUUACUUCCGUGGCAUGUUCACCUCAGGGAUGAAGGAGUCCCAUCAGCCUUUUGUGACCCUUCCCUUCCUUUUGGCAUCAGAAUUAGAAGUUCUAAUUGGCUGCUCUUACAGUGGCGCUCUACCUAUGAGCUGGCAGUGCAUCUUUGAGAUCACCAGCACUGCUCUCCAGCUUCAGUACCAACCUGCACUUUCCUUGUGCUACAAUUUCCUGUGUCAAGAAAUUAAUCCUCAAACUUGUCUGGAUGUGGUAUCUUUUGCUGAGGCCUAUGAAAUACCACAGCUUCUUGAAUUUGCUGAUGAUUUUGUCCUCCGGCAUUUCCAGAUGGUGGCAUGCACCUCAAAGUUUACGGACCUGUCAGCUAAAAAGCUCUUGAUGUACCUAAACAGUAACUCACUUUAUGUUCCAUCUGAACUUGUUAUAUUCAAAGCAGUGGCAGCUUGGAUCCAAGCAAAGCCCAGGAUAAGGCUCAGACUAGCUCAUGAACUUAUGAAAACUGUCCAGUUUCCCUUGAUGACAUUCAAGGAAUUCAAGGAAGUGCGAUCUCAGACCAUGUGGUGUAAUCCCAACAUGGCAGAGCUGUAUAAGGAAAUCUUUGAAGAUUUCUGCUCCAGUGAGAGUGCACAGCAUCAGUUCCGCAUCUAUAUGCCAAAAGAGAGUCUCGUUCUGAUUGGAGGUGACCAGAUUUCGGAAGACCUGAGCAGCCGCAGCAUCAGCAGAGAACUUUGGUUUGGGAAUUCCCUCAGGAAUCACAUAGGGGUAAAAAAGGCAUUGGAGUGGAGAAAGCUGGGAGAGAUGCCUGAGCCAGCAAGAUUCGGGCAUGAGGUGGCUGUCCUAAAAGGACGAUUGUAUGUGUUGGGAGGCAAGAAGUAUUAUGGCAUUGGUGACACCCUUAAUAAUGUUUACAGGUAUGACCCUUGUGAAAACAGCUGGGAGUUUCUGGCUGAAAUGCAAGAAAAAAGAUGCUCAUUUUCAGUGGUUGUACUUAAUGAAAAGAUAUAUGCCAUCGGCGGACACAGUGAGACCGAUCCUAUAGAUAGUGUUGAAAGAUACUGCCCAUCUACAAAUUCUUGGAGUUUCACCUCACCCUUGGAUCUGCCUCUGAGCGGUCAUGUAGCAAAAGUUACCCAAGGACAGAUCUUCAUAACAGGAGGGGAAAAUAAUGAUUACCUCUGUGUUGCAUCCCUCUUUCUGUACCAUCCAGAAACAGGAAGCACCUACCUGGCAAACAUGGCUUCACCUCGAGCUCAUCACUGUAUGGAGAUCUUGGGUGAAUAUCUUUACGUGGCAGGUGGAGUAACCACUGAUGAUACCAUGACUAUUGUUGAUCAGCUAUCUUGUGAAGUGUACAGUCCAGUGGCUAACUGCUGGACUGCCUUUGCAUCUCUGCCAGUGCCGCAUGUUGGAGCAGGAAGUGCCGUUUUGGAGGGAAGGUUUUAUGUGCUGGGUGGAUACAGUCAGGAGGACUACACCGACACUAAGGUGGUGCACCGCUAUGAUCCUGCCAGACAGAAAUGGGAGAACAUGGGAAAGAUGCCCAGGCCAAACAAUGAUAUCCGUGCAUGUCUGCUGUGUUUGCCAAUGCAUUUGCGACUAUAAGACAUGGUAAUAAAUCUCAUUAUUAUUUAUAAU